AUAAAGAUUGAGGGCAGAUGGCCAAAGCUUUAGGAUUGAAGGUGCAUGCUUAAGUAGCAAAGAGAGGUGGGAAAGGAAGAGAUCAAAGGUGGAAGUACCACAGCUUCAGGGGCCUCAGUAUGUGAGGUGCAGCACUGCUGAAGUGACCACAAUUAGAGGAGCUCACAGCUAGGGCUGGAGAAGGUUGCAGGGAGAGGGAAUUGCAAAACAAGGACGAGAGUUUCAAAAGCAAAGAUGCUCCUCAACAAAAGCACUGUGAAAUAAAAUGAGAGAAAAACACAGCAAGGUCAAUUUAUUUUUUAAAAGAUGCAGGACUGUAGGAAUGUGUCUCAAGCGGUGGCUCAAAACAGACGGAGCUCAUCUCGCACAAAGCGGCUAAUAUUUAAUUCCAGUGAACCGAAUAUCAGGAAUGGGGCGUUCAAUCCGCCACAGCCUAGACUGCUUUUACGCCCAUUGCUGUAGACGAAUUUCCAGGGAACUCAUUCCCUGCAGCUUAUAGACUCCGCCAGUCCCCAUCGUGGAAGUGCAAUUUCUAAAAAGAGAGAUGGGUGGAAAUGCCGUUUUUUAAAAAAUUUCUGCAGCUGGGCAUGGCAUCCUAGGGCUGUGUGAGUCAGUAAAAUAGGCUGCAAAUAAUAAGCUGGUUUCUCCAGCCCCAGACCCCCUCACUGCCUGCAGUAACCAGAAGUGAAUAGCAGGCGACCCGGAAGAUGAGAUCUGCCUGAAACAAGCCCGAAGAUCAUCGCAACCCUUUUAUUUUUUUUAUAAACCAAGUUUUUUUUUAAAAAAAGACCCCUUUGCAAGCAAGUUGCCAUGGCUGAGCCACGAUUCAACAACCCGUAUUUCUGGCCUCCACCCCCCACGAUGUCAAGCCAGCUCGAUAAUCUGAUGCUGAUAAACAAGAUCAAGGAGCAGCUAAUGGCGGAGAAGAUCCGCCCACCGCACAUGCCCCCCUCGUCCGUGCAAUCCCAGCAGCCCUUGCUGCUGCCGUCGACCUCGCAGAGUGGCCAAUCACCCCUGUCGAUCCUGAAGCCACAGCAGCUGUCGGACGUCCACACGCAGGCCCCUCAGCCGGAUGUGGCCCUCCACGCCAGACCUGCUACCAGUUCUGUAACAGGUAUCUUGAACUGGCUCAGCUUAUCUUCCCCUACUGCCACUUGUGACUCCAUCAGUGCGACAACCCCGAGCUUAGCCAGCCAGGGCCGUUCCGAGGUCUCUUCGCCCACCCUGAUCUCCGGGCUGAUCACUCACCACGGCAUGGACCCUGCACACUCCAGCAAGAACGGCCUGGCCAACUCCCUGAAGAUCGAACGAGGCCGGAAGAAGAUAAAGGGUGAAAACUGCAUCGGGCCACCUGUGCUCGUGGUGCCGUACCCCAUUCUGGCUUCAGGCAACGAAUCCUCCAAGGAUGGGAAGACAUACAGGUGUAAAAUUUGCCCUUUGACCUUCUUCUCAAAAUCCGAAAUGCAGAUUCAUUCCAAGUCGCACACAGAAGCGAAACCUCACAAGUGUCCGCACUGCUCCAAAUCAUUUGCCAAUGCUUCGUACCUGGCUCAGCAUCUACGUAUCCACUUAGGAGUGAAACCCUAUCACUGCUCCUACUGUGAGAAAUCCUUCCGGCAGCUCUCUCACUUACAGCAGCACACAAGGAUUCACACCGGGGACAGACCAUACAAAUGUGCACACCCAGGUUGUGAGAAGGCUUUUACCCAGUUAUCAAACCUGCAGUCUCAUCAACGACAACACAACAAAGACAAGCCGUACAAAUGUCCGAAUUGCUACAGGGCAUACUCAGACUCUGCCUCACUUCAGAUCCAUCUGUCCACACAUACGGUCAAACACACUAAAGCCUAUUGCUGCAGCAUGUGUGGACGAGCCUACACCUCAGAGACAUACCUCAUCAAGCAUAUGGCAAAGCAUACAGCAGUAGAGCACGCAAUGGACACCCACUCCCCUCAGAGAACGGAAUCCCCUAGUUGUCCUGUUCGGAUUUCCCUCCUUUAAUCAGCCCCAGUGUCAGAACUCCAGGAAGUGGACGCUCCGGGGCUAAGGUCAGGUGCUUUCUGCGGAUGGAUGAGGAGCUUUCCUUUUUCAUUUAUCUCCUCCCGCUAUUUAUUCAGUCUCUGAGAAGAGGCCCAAUUACAGCAGAAACAUUCUCAUCAUUGUAGAGACUCCUAAAGACUCUUGAGCCUGAGUGUCAUCCAUCGCCGAGGAGGUGAGUGCCUGUAUCCCUUGGAUGAACACCUUCCGUUGCUGGGCAACGGCACUGGAAGCAAUGAUGUGAGCUACAGACUGGUAACUUCCUCAAUAAGGGCAUGGAUCGUACUGUCUAAGACUUUAUAAGCUGUGUCUGAGAGCACCACUUUUAUUAAUGUUUAAUAUGUCUUACUAUUACACAGGAAGACGAAGGAGGAAUCAAUUAGAUAUAGAAUUAUAAAGCAGUAUCUCAUUUUGUUGUUCUGUGAUAGUGCGACAAAUCUAGUUUUCAACUAUCGGUUAUUAGCGAAUAUGAAUUAUUAUACUAAAUGUAUGGUCAAUUUUCAUGUGUUUAGUUGACGUCUUUGCCGUACCUUAUUCAGGCUGUAUACAGGCCCCAGACACAAGUCAUUUUUAAUGUGCGUCCUAACCAGUUCAAUACAGAAUACCCACGUCCACCCUCACAGAACAUGUCUAUGAUAUUUUUGACUGCUUUGAUGACAACUAAACAGCCUCUGCGCACUUAAGACAAGUUGUCAUGAAUAGCAGGAAUCAAGUUUGAGUGUGCCUUUUGUUGCAGCAUUAAAGAGCCCUAGGGCAAAUGUAAUUUGCAAAGAGGAUGAAGCAAGACCAGUUUAGUCAAAUGUCAAUGGCUCAAAGUUUCAGGAACGGAAAUCCCAGGAAAAUGAGGAUGAGGUGCACUGAAUUAUAACUGGUUCAGUUUUCAGGCAGAUGGUCCAAAAGUGCUGUCAGGGCUUUUGGGUGGUGAUCAAGUUGGACCUUCCAGGAGUGCCCACCUUUUUGUCACUUUUUGCCUGCAGAACGUUACACGUCCUGUUGUGUAGCAAGGCUUUUUCUGCUGGAGUUGAGUCCAUUCAUCAAGCACGUCUAACAUGCAUUGAAUCUUAAAGGGGUCAUUACAAAAACAUUUGGCGAAUCUCUUCGUUUACCGAUGCGUAAGAUAGAAUUAUUCUGAAAUAGUUCUCCGUGAUGUCUUUGUGACAAAGGUGCUAACACAUUCCUAGGAAUGAAGAGAUUUGUCCCAUAUUCUGAAAUGAAGUCAAUCUCCUUUGAUAAGACAUGAAUUGGGAUGACAAUUGAAAUUGAGUCAGGGGCUCAGAUAGUUUUUGUACACAAUGGAUACAGAAUAGUUAUCCAAAGAUAAAGUAUAGGCUAGAAUUUAGUCAAAAGGCCAAUGCUGUUUUCAUAAGAACCCAAUGGAAACAAAGGAGUUGGUUAAAGUUUGGAAUCUAUUCAAUUGUUCCAAACAAUUUGAGCUCGCCUAGAUUAUAGAUGAAUAUACUGAUGAUUUAUACAUAGACUAUCGGAAACUUUGCAGUGAGUUAAAGAAGGGACUCUAAUCAAAGUCAUAGUGUAGAUCAGAAAAGGGAAGCAUAGGUUGUUUGGAACAGUCAUUUGGACCCUGAGAUUAAAUAGAGUUCUUCCACCUUUGGGGGCUCCUGAGUUGAAAAAGCAGUGCAAACAAAUGGAAUGAGCAUGCUCUGUUUCUCGGAGUGAUCGGGGUCACCUGCUUGAAAUAGUCCUGUGCUGUCUCAACGUAAUUUGCCCCUAAACUGGCAUGCUCACAUAAGAGAGGCUGUAACUAUUAUUUAUGCCUGAUGAAUGAAAGUGCCCCAGUGGUGCAUUGAGGACAUUUCUCUAGGGUUGGGAGAGCUCCACAUUGUUGAAGCAGAAUAGAUUGAGCUCUUGUUGUGUUUUUACUGGGUCAGGGAGUGCCAGAUGAAGAUGGAAAUAGACAAUAGAUUAAAAAAAACUGAAAUCAAAUACUGGUCAUUGUAGACCCCAGUGGAGAGAGACUCAGCAAUGUGUAGGUGGCCGGAUACAUAGUAGAUGUUCUAUAAUGAAUGUGUCAGUUCAGCUCAGGACACUCUGAGGCUCUGCUGAACAACACUCAAACAUUCAGUGCCAAUUCUGCUGCUCCUGGGAUUUCAUGUCCCAUUUUUUUUUAAGUUGAGGUUCAUUUGUCAUGUACCUUUUUCAUACUGUUAUUUCCAAGAGAUUUAUACAAUAGAGUCAAUGAUAGUAAUCUCUUCUUUAAUUUUUUUAAUAUUAUAUAUAUUAUAUAUAUAUAUAUAUAUAUAUAUAUAUAAAUAUGUAUAAUUCAGUUAUGCCAGAGGGAGUGUCCCUCUCAGCCUGCAGAUCUAGAUUAGACACAGCCUACACUGUCACUAAUCUGAUGUUCUUGUAGAACAGUAUAUGUAUGUUAAAACGCUUGGGGGAUGGG